AUGGAUGUUCAAAGAGACUAUGGGGAUAACUUGAACUGGCUGGUCAAUGGAGGCCUUUUUGAUCAUGUGACCUCUGAGCAGAGACCUGAUGGAGAAGAAGGAGCCAGGCUUGUCAAGAUCUGGGGAAGGGGGGUGGGUGGGUCCUGGGGGAGCCCUCUGGACGAGCGGCGCCAGUCCCUUGGCUCGGAUACACCAGCCGGCGUGGAGGACCGCGAGGUGGGGUCUGCGCGCCGCGGGGACGAGGGGCCGGAGAGGCCUGGGGGCAGCAAGCAGAAGCAGGCUAAAGAGCGGAACCGAGCCGGGGCCGGCGGGCUGCGCUGCGUUCAGGCAUUAGAAGGGCGGGGACGGCCGAUCUUUCCCGCUGACUUUAUCGUCCCCGGUUCGGUCCUUGAGAGACCGCCUCCCCCGCUGCCCUGCAGGGCCCGGGGCUGCGGACGCGCGCCAACCCGGCCUCGGGGAAGGAGCCUGCGCUCGGCGCGCACCGCUGCCUCCCCGGCUCGGAGCCCGCGCUCACGCGUCCGCGUCCCGCCCGACCCCCUCUCAGAGGCUCGGCAAGGAUUUCCAGCCAGUUCAGCAACGCUUUACAAGCAUCAGGAAACUCGUUCGCGGCCACUGAAAAGUCAGGAGCGGCUCACAACUGAUUUCCCACGGAUUUCUGCCUCCAUCGGCAGAUGCUGUCCGGAAGCGGUGCCCCCAGACAAGCAUGAGACCGUUAUCUUGGAAAGCCGGUUAGCCCUGACGCACCGAAAGGGAUCUUCCUGCCUGCUGCGACUCCCGCUCAGGGCUCAGAGAAGCUCACCUGAUCCACAGAUUAAACUCGGCAGCAACUUCCAGGAUAAUUGUCGACAGGGGCCGGAGGAGCACCGGCAGCCCAGAGAGGCCGAAGUUGUCCGGCCUCUGAGAACCAUGGGUUCUGCAGACGGGGUCCGAGCGCUCAGAGGAGGCCCGCGCUGCUCCAAAUAA